UCGGAGGCCUGGAAACCUGAGCGUGAACUUUCUGCUGAUGGAGGACUCCGAGAAGAAACUGAAUCAGAAGAGCGACGACAAACCCAGAAAAGUACGGUUUAAAAUCUCCUCUUCCUAUAGUGGCCGGGUGUUAAAGCAGGUUUUUGAGGAUGGGCAAGAAUUAGAGUCGCCCAAAGAAGAAUAUCCUCACAGUUUUCUCCAGGAGGUCCUUGAACCAAUGGAUGGUGUUUACGGGUCAGGGGAAGCCCCCAAGCCUCAGCUGUACUCCCCCAAGCUGACUGCUCAGAGAAUCAGCGUAUUCAGAGACAGCGGUGCCUACACUCUGGCGGGCAGCCAGCCUCUGUUCAAUGACUACAAGGCGAAUGACCAUAAGCCUCCACCUAUUAUAGACUUUGGAAAGAUAAUCAUCUACACCAACAACCUGAAAAUCAUCCGAACCCCGAUGGACAAAAGGGACUUCAUGAGGAAAAUCCUCCAGAAGGAAGAGAUGGCUGAGGAAGAGUCUCUGAUGAUCACAGGGGAAACUGAUGGAGACAGGGAGCAGAACGGCAGCCCCCUGCCUGAGGAGUCGGACCGCACAUUUCUCCACAGUCAGCACACACAGGAUGGGUCGGUCCCGGAGGAUAACUGUCUCCACUGCCAGGGGUCCGGCAUUGCCACCUGUUCUCUGUGCCAUGGCAGCAAGUUCUCGAUGUUGGCUAACAGAUUCAAGGAGUCCUAUCGAGCCCUCAGGUGCCCUGCCUGCAACGAGAAUGGCCUGCAACCUUGCCGAAUUUGCAGCCCUUAGCCCGGAGCUCUGGUUUUCACAUGUGCCUUUCUUGUACUCUCUCCUCACACUACUCUUAAUAAAGCACCCUGCUUCCUCCUGGUUCUCUCAGAAAGGGAGCCUACUGCAGCUGCAGUCACUUCUGCCACUAGCAAAUCUCAAAUAAUUUGAUGACAUUUUGUGAAGUUGGUACCAUCUCUACAUGUGCCUAAGUAACAGGGGCAUUUUUGAAUUAGAAUCUGCUUUGAAACUCGUUCUAAAAUUAUCCUUUCAGGAACAUGUGCAUGCAUCUCACUUGAUUUAGCUCAGUCUUCCCCCUUGCGCCAGUGAACAAAUACCUAAACGUACACUCCAGGCAGCAGGUUGAAGUCAUUUUCCAGGCUGGAAGCUAUUUUGCAAAAUUAUGUGGCCAGAAAGGAAUAAAGUAGAUUUCCAAUGAACCAGAUUCCUGUUUUUUUAUAAUGCAUCUGAAAUUGUCUUUGGUUAAAAUUGAAAUUUCUAAUGAAGCAGAAGAGGGAAGGGGCGCUCAACACUGGAGGCUCUCACAGGCCUCUGCAAGCAAAACAGGAUGCUCCUUCCAGAGCCAGACAAGCUGAGGAGGUCCUUUUUCUGAGGCGGCUCACUCCUUCCUGUGUGGCAUGUUCUGGCUCUCACUAGGCAGCCCCGAGAUAGAAUGCUCCUGUGUGCCUCUAACUGGUGACGUUCUAAGCCACUCCAAAGCUAUUGGGAUAAGGUUGGUGCUCAAGCACGUAUCUGUGAUAAGAUAUCUGCCAGCUUCACAGUCAGUUAGCAAAUAGACAGGUCUAUUUUAAGACUAAGAUCUAACCAGCUCUCUUUAGAAAGGACAGCAGGUGUUUCGGGCUUACCUACAGCAACUCUUGAAGAGAAGAACCAAGAGCUUUCAUAGUUAGACGUUGUUUCUACAGCCUACGAAUGAGCAUGUGAAGAGCGACUCUUCCCUCUUAAAGGCAGCUAUUAAGUUCCAAAAGCACAUUUGUUAAUGAACUUUUGCAGUUUGAACACCCACUCUCCACACUCAGUGAGAAUGACACCAGCGUUGGUUAUUCAGUGAGACUCGCUGCUUAUCCUCAAGAAUAAUUCUGACUUCAUGUCUUAGUAAUUCUUCAAGGCGUGUUAUUCUCUUGUACUCUUAAAUCAACAGCGGGUUGCAUCUGGGCAACAGGAAUAGCUCUAAUAAAAAGAUGUGAACACUC